CUAGCUGGGUUAUUUUCCAAGUGUGUGAAAAUGUGUCCGAUAUCAUUUGAUACGGUUUAAAGUAGAUUUUGAUAUUGCCAAACACGGACUAUAAACGUGGAACCAACGAUGUUACCAACCACAAUUCCAUAUCCUUUUGUUAUCGGGUCUAGGAAAGUAAGUUAGCUUGUUAGCUAAAGCCUAGCUUACUAACUCGCUAACUUAGCUAGUUUUCAAACAGUUCUGCAUAGAAAGCAAUGAACUAUCUAGUUAAUGUGGGCUCGUGGUGAACGGUCAGUGGAAUGAUGACGGUGAUUUCAGAAUAAUCUGCUAUAAUUCAGUGCGCUAACUACAUCAUUCCUAGGAAGCUAUAGAAGAAUUCAUGAUGGAUGAGGUGAGAUAGAUGGAGGACUAGUACCAUUGAGGACGUUGACCAUUUUGAAGUAAUCAACUGGGUGGGACUUCCUGUGGGUUACGGAAGGAUCUCAUAAUUCCAUCCAGGUCAUCAGAAGGGGUCAGCCAAUUAAUUAUAUUUGUGAGCAAACGUUCCAAAACUGCAGGUGGCAGUGAAUUGCCAACCUUGGCUUUAUAUCUGUUCAAACAACACACUUUAGGUGGCAGUAUGCACCCUUCCAGUUUGUUUACCAACUCAUAGAAGUAGAACAAUAAAAUUGACUACUUCAAAAUGGAGAUAGUAUCAAUGGCGCUGCCCAUGCUCUCAGAGAUGCCAUAAUAGAACAUAUACAAUGGUGCAUCCUCUAUGAAAUGACUGUAGCUAAUGUUAGGUGGUUAAUGCUAAACCAGUCUGGAUGGCGUUGACUAAAGCCUGUCGCAUGCUUUCCAGUCAAAAUAAUGUGAACAUGUAUUAUGAUGAACAUUUGUGAUGUUCAAGCACGCUUUUUCUUUUCUUGAGGCAAGUUGAAAUUUGGUUACUGAAGUCUACGCCCCUUCGUCGGUGAUUGGUCAACAGUAUUACCAAAUCUUUUUUAUAACUAACCCAAGAUCGACCAUAGCCUGUCGUUUCCAAUGGGAGAAAAUGUAUCAUAGUUUUCAGAACAAGCAAAGAAGUGGGCAGAGCCAAACACGAGCUGGAUUCUGCUGACCCAUCCGACCCCCCUCUCUCCUGCUCCACUGAACCCAACCCUACAGAGUCACUGGUUCCUGAACAUAGAGACAUCGACAACUGCAGUGAAAUACCCAGAUUUAACAUUGUAGUCAAAGAGGAGGAAGACUGGGACAUGGAUAAUACUGGAGAGAGUCCUAACUCUAGCUCUAGUGAAGAGGCAUCAGCAGAACAACACCAGGAGAAUCCUACUGCUAACGAGCCUUGGCGAUGCCCCCAAUGUGAAAUGGAGAUUGCUCACCCAUCCAAUAUCAACAGACACCUAAGAACUCACACAAAACCUGCUAAGGAGUCUUCUGUCUGUCCAGUAUGUGGAAAAGACUUUGUUCACCCCUCCAAACUGAAGAGACACCUCCGAACACAUACAGGAGAGAAGCCUUACCAGUGCUCUGUGUGCGGGAAGCGAUUCACACUUAAGCCCCACCUGGAAAGACACCAGAUGACCCACCCUGGAGAGAAGCAGCCAGACGCGACAAAAAAGCACCCGUGCUCCGAUUGUGGAAAGGAAUGUUUCUCUGCAUAUGAACUGAAGAUGCACAUGAGAAGGCACACAGGGGAGAGACCUCACCAGUGCUCCUACUGCAAGAUGAGCUUUGGCUGUAAGGGAACUCUAUCGAGACACGUACGACGCCAUACAGGAGCACCCACACCAAAACCUUACCAAUGCUCACAGUGUGGGAAGAGAUACGAGUCACCAUCGAGGCUCAGGCAGCAUCAGACUAUGCACACUGGAGAGACACCUUACGAGUGCUCUGAUUGCGGGAGGGGUUUCGCUUCGACCGAAGGUCUUCGCAAACAUCAAUGCAGCCAUGCCAGUAACCAUAGCAACCAGUGUACACUGGGAAUUCCAGAUACAGCGUCAUCAGACAGUCAAACUAUGAAUAUCAAGAUCAAAGACGAGGAACAGGAGCUGGCAAUUAAUGUCAAAGAGGAGGAGGAAAUUGGUGUUUUUGUCAACACUGAUAGAGAGAAACCUUACCAGUGUACCACCUGUAAAAAUGCCUUUGUUCACCCUAGCUCUCUAGCAAGACACAAACAAUCCCACACUAGUGUCGCACAGUACAGCUGCUCAGAAUGUGGGAAGGAAUUCAGCCAAUCGUGGACUUUCAAGAUACACAUGCAACAGCACACCGGAGAGAAACUGCACCACUGCUGUCAGUGUGAUAAGAGUUUCUCAGCUUUGUCACUCCUCAGAAGACACCAGCUAGUUCACACUAGGGUGAAACCUUACCCCUGCUCUCUCUGUAGGAAUAGAUUCUCCUCAUCAGCAAACCGAUCCAGUCAAAGACAUCAUGUCCAUGCCAAAAAUGUAGCUGCUUCUUACCUGAACCAAUCUCAUGGACAGGGAUCACAACAGCAGGUGUCUAUUCUAGUACUUGAUGUGAAAGAGAAGGAGGAAGAUCCUGCUUUUGCAGAGAGACCUGACCACUGUUCUGACAGUGAGGAGUGUCCCUCUACAUCAGGAGUAAAAAAACGAUUUAGUGAGAAGGGAAUUCUGAACAAACACCAGAAAGUACACACUGGAGAGAAGCCAUACAGUUGCUAUGUGUGUGGGAAGAGUUUCUCUUUAUCGUCAAGUCUCACAAAACACCAGAAAAUGCACACAGGAGAGAGCCAAGCCACUGGACAGAGAUCACAACAGCAGGUGUCUGUAGCUGUAGAGGAGAAUGAUCUCAGUCUGGUACUCAAUGUUAAAGUAAAAGAAGAAGAGGAGGAAGACCCUGCUUUUGCAGAGAGACAUGACCACUGCUCUGAGAGCGAAGCAAGUCCCUCUACAUCAGGAGAACCUGAACAAAACCAGGAGAAUCACACAGCUAAGAGCGCUCAAUGCUGUUCAGUGUGCGGACAAGACUGCAAAAAGUUAUCAAAACUGCAAAUACAUAUGAGGAUACACACAGGAGAGAAGCCUUACCCCUGCUCUGUGUGUGGAAAAGGUUGGCAAAGGUUAUCAGACCUUCACAAACACACGAGAACACACACUGGUGACAAACCAUACUCCUGCUAUGUGUGUGGGAAGCAAUUCAGUGAGAGGGGCAACCUUAACAAACACCAGAAAAUACACACAGGAGAGAAACCUUACCCCUGCCCUGACUGUGGGAAGAGGUUUGCUCAAACAGGAGCCAUGAAAAUACACCUGCUGAAGCACACAGUACUCCUGAAACACAAGGGGAUGCACACAGAAGAGAAACCUCACUCUUGCUCUAUAUGUGGAAUGACUUUCUCUACAUCGUGGAAUCUCACUAAACACCAGAAAAGACACACAGGAGAAAGGGGUCAUGUCUGUGAUGUCUGUGGGAAAGGGUUCUCUGAAUCCACACACCUGAGGGCCCAUCAGAGGACGCACACUGGAGAGAAACCUUACCAGUGCUCUGACUGUGGGAGGGGCUUCUCACAAUCAGGAAGUCUGAGAAGACAUCAGCAGAUCCACUCCAGAGAGGCUGGCCAGGUCCCUGAUGCUAGCCUGGUCCCUGCUGAUGGUGAUGCUCUUGAUCCACCGACUGACUGUACCUACAACGACCAUGUGUCAAUGUUACCUGAGCACCUCGAGGGCCUCCGUCAGAUACCUGGGAUUAGUGAUGCCUUAGAGGAACUGCAGGUAAAAGAAGAAGUUGGUGGUGGUCUGAUCAAUUCUGAUGGAGAAGAAGUUGGGUUGGAUCAUCAUGGAGAGAAUAACCAGUAGGAGAGUCCGUCUACAUCAGGAGAACCUGAACAACAGCAGGAGUACAACACAGCUAAGAGCUCUCACUGCUGUUCAGUGUGUGGAAGAGAUUGGCAAAACCUUUCAUCACUGGAAAGACACAUGAGAACUCACACAGGAGAUAAGCCGCAGACAGAGCAGGGUUUAUCUCCUGAAUGCGUCCUGAAGUGAUCAUUCAAGGUGGAUGAUUGAGUAAAACUCUUCCCCCCACACAGAGCAGGAGUGGGUUUUCUCUACUGUGUGUAACGUAUGGUGUCUUUUUAAGGCUGAAGUGAAAGCAAAGCUCUUGUCACAGUCGGGGCAGGCAUAAGGUUUCUCUCCAGUGUGCACUUUCUGGUGGUUUCGAAGAUGUAUUUUUUCACGGAACUGCUUCCCACAAACAGAACAACAGUUGUUCUGUCUGUGUGCGUGGGAAGCAGUUCCGUGAAAAAAUACAUCUUCGAAACCACCAGAAAGUGCACACUGGAGAGAAACCUUACGUCUGCUCCAAAUGUGACAAGAGGUUUGGUUUCGCCUCAGCAUUGAGAAGGCACCAGUGGUUCCACACAGAAGAGAAAUCUUAAUCCUGCUCUGUGUGUGGGAAGGGUUUUAUCCUACAAUCACGCAUGAAGGAACACUUCCUGACGCACUCAGGAGAGAAACCCCACUCCUGCUCUGUCUGUGGAAAGAAUUUCAGCCGUCCAGAUCAGUUAAAGGACCAUUAUCUGCAACAUGCAAGGAAACCCCACUACUGUUUUGUGUGUGGGAAAAGCUUUGCCUUGUCUAAACAACUGCUGAAGCAUGAGAAGACUCACACAGGAGAGCGAUCUUACAGUUACUCUGUAUGUGGGAAGAGUUUCAGCGAGAAGGCGUAUCUUGAAGACCACCGGUCAGUGCACACUGGAGAGAAACGAGACCCUUGCCCUGAUUGUGACAAGAAGUGGGAGGUGCUUCGUCCCUGCGUAAACACAGACUGUUGCACAUAGACGGGAAAUCCCACUCCUGCUCUGUGUGUGGGAAGAGUUUUUCUGAAGCACUUUACUUGAAGGAGCAUUUCCGGACACACACUGGAGAGAAACCUUACUCCUGCUCUGUCUGCGAGAAGAGUUUUGCAAGAUCAGCAGGCCUUAAAGUCCACCAAA